GUCAGAGGUGCCACACAAUGGAGACCGAAGCAGAUCCCGGAAAACGGCUCAAAGUAGCAAUAAUUGGUGGAGGCCUGGUGGGAUCUCUCAGCGCUUGUUACUUCGCCAAGAGAAGUCAAAAUGUGGAUCUGUAUGAGUACAGGGAAGAUAUCCGAGCUUCGAAACAUGUUCGUGGCAGAAGCAUAAACCUUUCUCUGUCAGCGCGGGGAAUACGAGCUCUGAAGGAAGUGGGUCUUGACGACCAGCUAGUGAACCAUCACGGAAUUCCCAUGAAGGGGCGCAUGAUACACAAUCUGAAUGGUAGCCAACGCCCUAUACUCUACGACCCCAGAAGCUUACAGUGUAUUUACUCCGUGAGUCGGAGAUACCUGAACGAGGUUCUUCUAACGGCCAUUGAGAAAAACUUCAACGUGAAUCUGCACUUCAGUCAUAGGCUGAUCAGUGCUAACCUACAAGAAGGCUCUAUGACGUUUCAAUUAACGGACACCAACGAAACUGUCCACAAAAAGGCGGACCUGAUCAUAGGAGCGGACGGCGCAUUCUCCACGGUGAGACGCCAUUUCAUGAAGCAGCCCAUGUUCAACUUCAGUCAGACCUACAUAGAGCAUGGAUACGUGGAACUUUGCAUGCCUCCUGGGCAAGAUGGCGAAUUCGCAAUGAAGCCCAACUACUUGCACGUCUGGCCUAGAGGAAACUUCAUGAUGAUCGCCCUGCCCAAUCAAGAUCGCUCCUGGACUAUCACGCUCUUCAUGCCGCUGUCAGACUUCGAGGCUCUGGAUUCCCCGACGAGACUUCUCAAGUUCUUCUCACAGCACUUCCCAGACUCCAUUCCCUUAAUUGGAAAACAUCAGCUGGUCACAGAUUUCUUCAGUACAAAACCUUCCACCUUGCUGUCCAUAAAGUGCAGCCCGUACCAUGUAGGAGGCUCGGCUCUCAUCAUUGGUGACGCGGCACACGCAAUGGUUCCCUUCUAUGGACAAGGCAUGAACGCUGGUUUUGAAGACUGCCGUUUGCUCGAUCAGUUAAUACUGAAAUACGAAGACAUGCCGGUCGCACUGAAGGAGUUUUCGGCGGUAAGGAACAGGGAUGCUGAGGCCAUCUGUGAUCUCGCCAUGUAUAACUAUUUGGAGAUGCGUGACCUUGUGAAUCGUCGAUCCUUUUUGCUGAGGAAGAAGGUAGACAACUUACUGUUCUGGUUGUUACCCAACAUUUGGGUCCCGCUGUAUCUGUCUGUUACCUUCACUGAUAUCGGAUACCGGGAGUGUAUGGAGAACAAAUUCUGGCAAGAUAAAGUCAUCCGUCAGGCAGUUUUGGCGCUGGGUGUACUCGCAACAGCGAUGUGCGCUGUAGGAUUCUUCCAAUGGUGUAAGGCAUCGUUUGACGUCGAUGCUGAGGUUUCGAAUCCUGUCCAGACUGCGUAAGAAAGGACAUGCAAUAGCGAACGCCUGAAAAUCCUCAUUUAUAGUUGAAGUUACACAUUUCCGAAGCACCGAUAAAAAUAAUGUAGACUAAAAAGAAUAUGAAUUAGCUCAGUCUAAUAUUAUUACUAAGACCAUCAUUCGAAUUUAUUGUUACGAAUGGGUCAUAAAUAACUAAUAGACAAGUAUAAUGAAAGCAUGUAUAGAUUCUGCUGAAUCUGAAGUCUCACAGCUGUGAAGACGACUGUUCUCUGAGACUAACGUCUUGUAGUCUAAUGGAUUUCCAACCGACGUUUCAGGAGAACGUACAGACUCCCUCUUCACGGACGAAGAAUAAAGAAAUUAGCAAGAAGCAAGCUUGCCACUUGAAGAUGGAGGCAGUAUUUCCUCA